AUGAAAUUCUCCGUCGCGGCACCAUUUUUCUUUCUUGUUCCAGCCUUGAUCUUGGCCCUCUUGACCCUGUUGGCGGGGAUCAAGCCCGCCUUCAUGGCAGAGACUUUCAUAGUCCGUGUUGCCCUUAAGCCCAAGGCCCCAUUUGUUAAACCAGACCCUCCACUCCCGACGACUGGCUCUAUGAGUACGCGUGAUCCGCCGCCAACCUUGCCGACGCAUCGAUCCAUCAUAGAGAAAAUGUCUCCGGAGAUGAAGGACGAGCUCUCUUCAUACGGCUCAGACAUUGCGUCCAUUAUCGGAGGGCUGGCCAUCGCCACCCUGAAUCUCCUCACCCCCGAGAGGCCAGAGCGGGUUCCUGUCGACAACAACAUCGGUCGACUUGAUACUUCCGUUUUGUUUGCGCGUUCCCCAUCCGAAAGGGGCAGAAACAAACGUCCCAAGCACCCUAGCGAUACCUCCACCCCCAAAGAUGGGAGGAAAAAGCGUCCCAAACACCACAAGGAUAAAGGGAAGAAAAAGCAAUCCAAACAUCACAAGGAUACAGAGAAUGACGAGGACGCAAGAAAGAAAGGACACAACGCCUAUACCAAUGACACUAACGCGGACGAAUUUGCCGUCACUGCGCACCUCUUGACCAACUGCGCGUGGAAGCUCAAGGACAAAGCUCAAAAUUGCUCGAGGCCCUGGAUGCUUGAAAACCUCUUGCUCAAAGAAUACUACCAGGACGACGACGAGGACUACAUGGUGAGCCCUCUCAUUAUGAAAAAGCAGGUCGUCAAUGCCUCGCAACCCGAGGAAGAGUCUUGGAAAGCACAGAACCAAGACAAGGACGAAGACGAGGACGAGAAAAAGCCUUGGAAGGCACAGAACAAGAAGGUGGCUAAUAUUAGACGCGCAUUUGCCAGAGUUCAUUUGGCAGGUUGCGUCUUCGUCGGCCUCUCGCUACUCUGUACUAUCGCCAGCUUCUUCAUCCUCCCAGCAUUCGGAAAGUGGGUCAGUAUUGGGAACCUGGUUCUCGCUUUGCUUGCUACAAUUCUCCUGCUCACCAGCAGCAUUUUCGCGGCCGUGUUCUCAGCGAGGGUCCGAAACUUCGUUGCGAAGGAUAAAGCUAUUUCUGAAAUGAUCAAGGUCGAGUCCGGUGGAAAGUUCCAGGCUUUGGCUUAG